CCUUGAUUGUGUUGUCGUCCACGCAACUUUUCGUCAUUCGGUGCAUGAUGACUGACAGAAAAACUAACUUUAUUCGUGGUUUUCAGCUGACAACCUYUUAGCACUGAACUAAAUUUGCUCUUUUGGCUACCGUUCACUGUAUCAAAUCGAAAUUUUUUUCCAUUAUUUUGUCAUAUGGAGUUUUCCUAGCGUCGCUUUGAUCGAGUCGGUCGAUAGUCUUGUUGUUUUCACGUGAUAGUAAUCUGAUCCCAAUAAUAUUGCUUUUUUUUUUCUUCUCACGGAAACAAAGCCGGGUAGAGAGUAAUUUUAUGUCUACCUACAUAAAGAAAGCUUUAGGAAGGCCGAGAAACGAUGGUAAAAGGAAAAAUGUCAAAUGAAAGAGCUCCACUUUUAGAAGACACAGACGAUGAUAGCAUAGAAAACGGCCAAGUACACUCACCAAAAACAGACGAGACCAGGAAAGCAAAACAACUUUCACAAGUACCUAAAGACAGAUUUAGAAUUGUAUAUUGGAUCAUGGUGUUACAAGGGGUUGGUACUCUUCUACCCUGGAAUAUGUUUAUUACAGCACAUGCAUAUUUUCAAGAAAAGUUGGAAAAAAAUAAGUCACUCAAACAUGACUUUGAAAACUACUUUGCAGUUGCGGCAAUGGUUCCAAAUGUCUUAAUGUUUUUACUGAAUACAUUGUUUAAACACAAGGUUCGUUUACAAGUACGGAUGCUUACGUCUCUGAUAACAAUGACAGCUUUGUUUGUCCUUACGACAGCACUUGUUAAAGUGGACACAUUUUCAUGGACCAAUAAUUUCUUCUACAUCACCAUAGUAACAGUUAUCGUAGUCAACAUGAUGAGUGCCGUAUUCCAAGGCGGGCUGUUUGGACUAACUGGUAUGAUGCCUUUCAAGUAUACUGGUGCUGUCAUGACUGGACAGGGUAUCGGCGGUACUUUUGCUGCUCUGGCUAAUAUUGCUGCUUUAUUUGGAGGCAAAGAUGCGAUUUCAAGUGGCUUUGGAUACUUUUUUUCUGCUGUUGUUGUCUUGUUUAUUUGUUUGAUCUCCUACAUAUUAUUACCUCAACUGGAAUUUGCCAGGUACUACAUGGAAAAGCCAGAAGAACAGACUGAAAUUGAUGCUAGAAACAUCCAAGAGCAGUCAAAACGAUUAGCAAAUUGGAAACUUGAUACAGAGAAGGGAAGGUUUCAAUCGACAUUAAGUCUGGAUGCCAAAACACUCAUAAACGUAGAGUCAACUGACGGCAAAGAAGUUCAUAUUAGAACAAGUCAAAGACCACCAUUCUUGAAAAUAUUCAAACAGAUUGCUCCGCUUGGGUUAUCAGUAGCAUUUGUAUUCUUUGUCACAUUGGCAUCCUUCCCUGGUCUUACAUCUAGAAUAAAAUCGAAAAGCACGGCUAAGAAUGAAUGGACAGAAAAGUACUUUAUUCCUGUCUCUUGUUUUCUCUUGUUCAAUGUUGGUGAUUUUAUUGGUCGUAUAAUCGCUUCGAUUUUCCAAUUACCUCGUGGAAGUAAAUUACUGCCCAUUCUAUGUUUUGUGCGAGUAGUGUUCAUACCAUUAUUCUUCUUUUGUAACGCUCAACCGCGUGGUGAAAAUGUUCCAGUGUUGUUCAAUGACGAUACGUAUUUUAUCGUUUUUAUGCUGUUAUUUGGUAUUUCAAAUGGUUAUCUUGGUAGCUURUGUAUGAUGUACGGACCAGGGCUCGUAGAAAAGAAAGACUCAGAAACCGCGGGUACAAUGAUGGCUUUCCUUCUCAUUGUUGGACUAGGGCUUGGGGCAGCUUUCUCGUUCGUUGUCUCGGCUUUACUCAAGUUAUGAGAUCCAUUAAAAUUCGAAACGUGAUCACAAGGAAAUGAGGUGUACCUCCUUGGCUGGUCAACAGAAAGGACUGAAAACCUUUAAUCAAAUUUAAACAUUGAGUGGUUCAACAGAAACCCUGGCAGGAGUAUCGUACUUCACCAAAAUGAACCCGUGUGACGUCAAACCGAUGACUCACGUGAUUAAUUCAAAUUAAUGUAAAUUUUGGAAUGCAAGUCUCAACGAUUCUGAUCACCGAAAGCAAAAGUGCCCUGAGAAUCAAGAAAAUCAAGAAAGAUAUUAUUAUCUUUUAUCAAUCUAUAUACAAUGAAUAUAGUUUUGUUGAGUGCAGUUAAAAUGGCUGCGAAAACUGGAAGUAUCUGGAGUGAAUUAGAUAUCUUCGAAUUUUAACAUUGCCUAAUACAGGUUGUUAAGCUUUAUUCAAGAAAAAAAGAUGCAUUAAUGUYUUGUAUUAGACUUUUCUAGAUUUUUGCUUGAGGGAAAAAUUUUCGGAAAUACAUUGUUACUGCUGUUGGCAUUUAAUGAACGUUUUAAUUUGUUAUGCUAUGCUUUUGUACUUUUGCAUUGGACUUGUACAGUACAGAGACAUCAAGACCUGCGGGGGAAAACAAUUCAAAUUGGCAUAUUUUAUUUUAGUAUUUUUACACGAUUGAAUAAAAUAAAUUGGGCGCGCUCAUUGGUCACAAUUUACGGUGAAUAUGACGCGCGCGCAUGCUUUGUCGAUUUGUGCCGCUUGCAGAGAUAAAUACCUUCGAGGAAAAAAACUCUCUCUCCAUAAUUUAUUAUAUUCACUUGUGUUAAAAAUACUAAAAACUAUUAUUUUCCAGAUAUUCACUUCGGCGAAUAAUUGCUUCAUGCUUUCGUUUUACUGCGGUUUUCCAUGUCCAGCGAACUCGAACCAUUUUCAACAUUUACUCUACUGCACUGCUGUAUUUUGUAUAUUUACAUYGUUAUUCAAAAUAGAUAUGUUCAUAUCAGUUUGAUAUCAGGCUUUGAAUGAACGCUCGCGCAAAAGUAAAAUGAUGAAAUACACCGAAUCGAAAUAUGGCGACCAAUUUGAAUAACUAUUGUUCUGCGCUGACUAGCGACUGACUAGCCUCGUGUUCACGUGGAAACAAAAGCAUUUUCACAUGUAUAGGAGGCUAGUCAGUCGCUAGUCAGUGCAUAACAAUAGUUAUUCAAAUUGGUCGCAAUAUUUCGAUUCGGUGUAUAGGCAACCGUUUGCUUGCGUCGCUAUUUAAAACCAGGUAUUAUUAAUAAUAAUUUGAGAAAAAGUUAAUCCAUGCAUUUGAUAAGUUGCGUUCGCAUAAAGUUUAUAGGAUUAUGRCGAAAAAGUAUCUAAAAAAAACUAUAUUUGAUUAAAAAUUACAUUGCA